CUUAGGUCUCUCUGUCUCUGCACAACAAAAGUAGAUAGGAAGCUUGCUUGCUACUGCUAGAGAGAGGAAGGAGAUGGCCUGCACAGUUAUCUCAUGGUGCCAGAAAAGGGGUUCAACCACCAUUUCAGACAGCAGACGGCCGGAGGUGUCCCAUGGCGCCGUGUUGCGCCGGGGAGGCUCACCGAGCUGCUCCGGCAUUGAGAGGUUUGUAAGGAAGCUGAAGAAGAGAAGCAAAAUGCUCUGCAUGACCUCUAGGACUCCUACAUUCCACUGCCAAUAUGACCCUUUGAGUUAUGCUAGAAACUUUGAUAGGAAUGGAUUUGGAUGUGCUUCUGAUGAUGAUCCUGCUCUUUUUUGCCAUACUUUCUCAUCUAGGUUUGCCAUGGCUUCUUCAAGCUUGCAGAGAGAGGCAUCUUCAAGUCAUUAGGACCUGUU